UAGUAGUAGUAGUAGUAAUAGUAGUAGUAGUAAUAGUUAGGAGUCCAUCAAAACGAAACUAGAAGGCUUCUAUUAUGCUGUAUAAUACUUCUAUUACAAUCUAUAGUAUAGUUUUCCUGUUGGGCUGUGUCAUAGUAAUCUCUAAUACUGUCAUUAUUACAGAGAACUGUAGUAAUUGUCUGAGGUUACUGUAAGAUUCUUAUAAGAAUUCUGUAGAAAUUCAUGUAAUAUGGCUAUAGAUUUUUUGUAGGUGAGGCCUUGUGAGGACUGUAUAAAGCCUGUGUUUUGUCAUGCAUUGAGCUGGGGGGAGCUUUUCUUGGCUGUGAGCUGCAUUUUGAGAGAGAGAGAGACACUGGUGUAUAAUUGUGGUUUGCUGACUACGUCUGAGUUUGGGUUAGCAUAACUGAAGGUUGCUGGCUCAGGAAAACUGAAACGCAGGAGAAAGAGUGGCUGGCUGGCGUUUCAGAGAUUUGACAAAUGGUUGAAAAUUCAGUUUUGAAAUAUUUGGAAGUUUGAAAGCUAAUAGACACAUUCUCCACUGAGAUCUCAGAACUAAAGCAGGAGAUGGUUCAAACAGCCAGAGAGCCUGACACAAAGCUCCUACAAGGGCUGGAGGGUGAGGUGAGUGGCCUGUUCUUGCAGUCUUCCAUCUGCACUGGUGCUGUAGGGGUUCGCGACUCCGGCUAUGACUCUUUGCGCCGGCGCAUGAGCGUGCUGGAUAGACUGACACACACACAUUCUGUCUGGCUGCUGCUGUCGCUAAGCGAUGAAGACGCCAAACGCAUUCUGCAGCCGCAACCACCAGGGACUUUCCUGGUGCGAAGGUCAUCUAAGCUACAGAAGAAGGUUAUUUCCCUGCGUAUGGAUGACAGCACCCCAGUGACCAUGCGGGACUUCCCAGUCAAAGAGAGUCAAUACACCUUCUCCCUGGAGGGCUCGGGGAUCAGCUUUGCGGACCUCUUUCGCCUUGUGGCCUUCUGUUGCAUCAGCAGGGAUGUUCUUCCUUUCACAUUGAAGCUUCCUGAGGCAAUCUCUGUUGCAAAGACCCCCUCUGAUCUAGAGGAAGUGGCCAAGUUAGGAAUAGGCUUCUGGGAAUCUGAUUUUUGCUACAAGAGGAAGAGCUCUGUGUCUGCUAGAACUGCUCAAGACGAUACACAACAGAAACUGAAGCGAAAGUCACAGGAGACAUCCCCCAAAGAGGAGGUACCCCCCAUCUUGCGCACUCGCAGUCCGUCCCAGCUGGAGUUCAGCCAGUCUAACGGGGCUCUGUGCUUCAUUAACCCACUCUUUUUACAGACGCACCGCUCUGACACAGCUCAAACAUCAGUGACCCCUGACGAUAAGACUCCUCUUCCCGACAGCAUCAGCCCCUUUCCACAGGGCACAAGCAGCACAAGCCCUCAAAACGGCGACAGCAUCCUUCGCCGCAACAGUAGCACGAAAUAUACGACCAACAGCAGAGCAAAGAGCGUGUCCCGUUCCCCUCCACCCCGUCCCCCUCCACCCCGCACAGUCCCGCACAGGCCAGUGCCCCCACGCAAGCAGAACAGCAUGCCCAGUGCGGCCGUGAGCUGGAUCAAAGCACCCCAGGAAAAGAGCGGCCUGCUGGGACGCCUCGGCUCCUCCUUCAGUUCUUUUUCACCCCCAUCCUCCCCGCCAAAGAAGAUCAGCUCGCCCAUCCCCACUCCCUCAUCCUGCCCAAAGAGAACCCCAAGCCAGCCUGACACUGAGGUCCACCGCUGCCACCUGGCACUGGAGGACCAGACCAUUGAGGAGGCUGUAUCGCUCAGCCUGGCCAAACUGUCCCUGAGGAACACGGCGUUAGAGGACGGCAGUGGCAGCCCCGCAGGACGGGAGCGCCUCAGUGAUAUCAGCAUUUCCUCUACCUCCUCUGACUCCCUGGACUUUACCCAAAGCUUCUUGCUCCCAGCAGCUGGCACAAGUCCGUCCAGAACCGGUCGGGCAGUGGGCGACAGCAGCCCGGAGGAGGAGGAAGAGGAAGAGGACGAAGACUAUGGUGUAAGCGUGGAGAGUGACCAGGAGAUCAGCAUGGAGCCACCAUUCAAGUCCAAGAAGCGGCACAGCGCGGGCGCCUUCGUGCUGCGGUGGGCGUUAAAGGGUCACCUGCGCAAGGUCAGCGGCGUCUUCAAUUCACUCAUGACCCCCGAGAAGAGGGCCAUCCGGAGGAUCUCGGAGCAUUCGCGGGACAAAAACACAUACUUUGGCUGCCUGGUGCAGGACUAUGUGAGCUUCCUGCAGGAGAACCGCGGCUGCCACACCUCGGGCCUGGACCUACUGCAGACUCUCAGGCAGUUCAUGACGCAGAUGAAGUCCUACCUGCUACAAAGCUCAGAGCUCGACCCCCCCAUAGAGUCCCUCAUCCCUGAGGACCAAAUCGAUCAGGUACUGGAAAAGGCCAUGCAUAAGUGUAUACUGAAGCCUCUGAAGCCUGUGGUGGAAGCAGCCCUGCACGACUUCCAGAUGAGCAGCGGUGCUUGGCAGCAGCUGAAGGAGAACCUGGCACUGGCUAAAACCAAGCAGCCGGCAGAGAUGGGUGUGGACGGAGCCAUGCCUCCAGACCCUGUGGCCAUAGAGAAGAUCCGCCACAAGUUCCACAACAUGAGCAAGAUGUACUCACCUGAGAAGAAAGUGUCACUCCUACUGCGCGUCUGCAAGCUCAUUUACACUAUCAUGGAAGAUAAUUCAGGGAGAAUGUAUGGGGCAGAUGACUUCUUACCCAUGCUGACCUACGUGUUGGCCCAGUGUGACAUGCCUCAGCUGGACACAGAGAUUCAGUACAUGAUGGAGUUACUAGACCCCUCACUGCUGCAUGGAGAAGGUGGAUACUACUUGACCAGUGCAUAUGGAGCCAUGUCUCUCAUUAAGAACUUCCAGGAGGAGCAGGCUGCACGGGUGCUGAGCUCAGAAACCCGUAACACACUUCACCAGUGGCACCGCAGACGCACAGCCCAGCGCACCGUGCCAUCUGUGGAUGACUUCCAGAACUACCUAAGAGUGGCACUGCAGGAACCUCGCAGCGGCUGCACAGCCAAAACCCUCCAGGUGCGGCCGUACGCAACCACAGAGGAGGUUUGUCAGAUAUGUGCUGAAAAGUUUAAAGUCUCUGACCCGGACAGCCAUGCCCUGUUCCUGCUGACGGAGGAGACCACGCAGCAGCUGGCCCCAGACACACACCCACAGAAGAUCAAAGCAGAGUUGCACAGUCGCCCUCAGGUGCAGCCUUUUUACUUUGUCUAUCGCCGCAUCCAAAACCUCAACCUGACUGUCCCCACAGAUGAACUCAAUGGCAACUCGGUGCCUAAUUGUGCCUGAAGCCUCUGGAGCCUUCAGGUCAUCCACUGCCCCUCCUACUCUAUUACUGCCUGUCUUUCCACAGCAGGACACUGUUGCUGUGCUGUUUUUGAAACGUUUAUGUCUGAAGGAAACGGAAAAUGUUGCUGGGCUGGGAAGAAAGAGGGAAGGAAGGAUGUGUCUGACAGAUGCAGCAUUUUCUUCUCUGCUUUGUCUUGGCUAUUUCUGAAUCUUUUUAGGAAGUGGCACGCGACCAUGACAUGUGAGGGUAGCCAUGUUUGUGUACGCUACAUUAAAGUCUUCAAGGUGUUUACUGGUGAGGUACAGUAUGUUCAUGGUCAUUUCAGGCCUAUUUAAUAUCUUCUUGUCAGGAUGUUUUUUUUUUUUCUUUUCUGGGCAUUGCACUUUCCAUACUGCAACAUGCUUCUCUCACACUCAGUAUUGCCUUUCUGAGAAAUAAUACUGUGUUUCAUACGACUGCUCUGUCAUAAAGAGCAAGACAUACUGUGCAUGUGUAAUGGCUUGGAUUGACUUGAGGAUGCUGUUUACCUCACCAUCUGGGCAUGUUCACUAAUGUAAGCAGCUCCUUUACCAUGGAUGUACAUGGACGGAUAUCCAUAUCAACACUCCAACCUAAUAUUUUUUAUAUAGUGAAAAUGUAAUUCAUAGCAUUGUUUUUCUUCAUGCAGUUGCUGGUAAACUGCUUUCUUUUUUUAUAUAUAUGAAGUUAGUAUAAUAUUGCAUGUUUUUAUUUGUUGGUGAGAAAAGAUCAAUUAAAAACCAGGUAUUGUUGCCAGUGAUA